AUGUCUUUGGCAUCAAAUUGGUCUCCAUUGCUAUCAGACAAGUCAUUCAACUUCUAUUACUACGAUAUGUGGCAACUGUACGACGACCCGCGCUCGGCCUCGUGGCCAUUCUUCCGGGGCGGGCCCUGGUCUACGCUGGCCAUCAUCGCAUCGUACCUGUAUUUCGUCAAAGUCUUCGGUCCGGAACUAAUGAAAGGCCGGAAUGCGUUCGACUUAAAGAAGAUAAUCCUUAUUUACAAUGUAUUUAUGGUAAUGAUAUCCGUUUGGAUGUUUACCGAAGCGUGUCUGCUAUUGAAUUGGGGUCUCGACACGUGGGGCUGUCAGCCCGUCAACCAUAACGCCAACGAUCCCAUAGAGGAUCGCAAACUGCUGUUGGGCUGGACUUUCUUCAUCACUAAGUUUAUCGAGUUGUCGGACACUGUGUUCUUCAUUCUGCGCAAGAAAUACAGCCAACUCUCGGGCCUUCAUAUCAUACACCACUCGAUGGUACCGAUUCUGGUGUGGAUUGGCUUCAAGUUUCUUCCGGGCGGUGCGAACGCCUUCUUCCUAUACAUCAAUUCAUUGGUUCACGUGAUUAUGUACUGUUACUACGCUCUGUCCACUUUCGGACCCCGAUUACAGCCGUACUUGUGGUGGAAAAAGUAUUUAACCAAACUUCAAAUCAUUCAAUUCGUGCUCAUUAUAACGAAUAGCGUUCGCCUAUUGUUUCUGCCCAACUGUUCGGCGCCCAAAGCCUUCAGCUAUUUAUCGAUAGUAAAUGCGGCCCUUUUUCUCGUACUCUUCGCCUCUUUCUACAGACAGUCCUAUUUUGUCAGCAAAUAUCGACACAAAUCCAAAAAAUUACUUCAAACUAAUAAAUAG